UAGCGGCAGGUAUUGUGCACACCAGGGCAUUUAUAGCACGGCAAGUACACCAAGUAACGGGUCCGAUUUAAACUUAGACUUUAUUCUCUGUGCUUUCUGCAAACAAGUUAUCCAAGAGCCAUCCAAGCAGGACUCGACAAAAUGUUUUGGCCGGGAGGAGAGUAACCCAUCGUCGAUUUUGGCUGCUGCGUGUUGUCAAACUGUGCUGCAGCCAGGGAGCCACAUUUCAGAUUUUGUUGUGGUUGGCAACACUGAAACAGUUUUUUGAGUCGUUUUCAUGUGCGGAUGCCAUCAGUUUGUUUACAUGAGUUAAACCCACAGGAAACCGCUCUCCUGCGUGGAGGCGACGCUGCAGUGCAGUUUGGACUGUCUGCACAGUAGCUGUAAGGUACCAGUGACAGACGAAAGAUUUCCUGUUUCUUCCAUUAAGUUGCACUAGAUCAGUUUUCUUUGAUCUCCUCGGACUUGUGUAACAUGUUUACCCGGCCUUCAAGUCAAAACCCCCGCAAGACAUGGGAUCACCGGAGGCUUUACUGGAGUGGUGCCGCGUAAAGUGCGCAGAUUACCCCGAUGUGGAAAUAGAGGACAUGUCAAGCUCAUUCAGAGACGGACUUGCCUUUUGUGCCAUCAUUCACAAGCACCGACCUGACUUGAUAGAUUUCAGCUCCCUCUCCAAAGAUAAUGUUUAUCACAAUAACAGCCUGGCAUUUGAGGUUGCAGAGACAAAGCUGGGGAUUCCUGCCUUGCUGGACCCAAAGGACAUGGUCUCCAGCCGGGUGCCUGAUCGUCUGACUGUCAUCACUUACGUUUCACAGUACUACUACUUCUUCAACAAGGAGCCUCAUGCGAGUCCUGCCAGUUUGAGGUCAUCACAUGUGACAAGCCCAACCAGUCUCACAAAGAGCAAAACUUCUCUUGAUGAUCUGAAUCGCCCCAAGAUCUCAUCUGAUGAGCGGUCCAGGAGGGAAGAUCAUUUAUCCAGCAGCAAGACACACAGUAUCUGUGCUUUGUGCAGGGAACCGGUCCAUCUGGUACAGAGACAUCUGAUAGAUGGUCAAAUAUACCAUCGCAGCUGCUUCAGGUGCAAAGUGUGCAGGAGCACGCUCUUACCAGGGUCUUACAAACAGGGAAGUGAUGCCGGCUCCUUGAUCUGCACACACCACACAACAGACAGUAAAGACACCCGGGUUGACCUCAGCCAGCAAAUUGAAUCUACUGAGCAUCUGCCCAAAUUUAAGUGUCGGCAGACAGCCUUAUCUUUUGGUGGAUUCACCCAUCCCCCCUAUUACACUGAGAAAACAGAGUCACAAGACAAACGAGUGGAAACAGAGGGAAGGGACAGAAACACAAGGCAGGAGGUAAAAGGCAGAGAUACAGACUCAACUCUUGGAUCGAAGGGCAAAGUAAAGAGGCUGGUUCUACCUCAUCCUCCCCCACCCAGGUUUAAAGAAGGGGCGACUGAAGGAGCUGGAAAACCUGCACCCUCGCCCGCUCAAGCAGCCACCAAGUUACAGGAAGAUGAAACAAAAACCCAAGGGCCCUCUGGACUCCCUCCUGCAUCGCCAUGUGUAGCAGUUUCAGGAGGAAGUAAAGGACCGGUUCCAGCACCCAGACGCACGUUAGACUCCCCUGCAGCCCCCGUUCCUGCACCGAGGACCAAAAAACUUCAGAGAAUGAACAGCUCCUCUGCAACAGGGACUUCACCCAACCAAAGAAAACCUUCAGCCAGCUCUCCUCGCGUCACUAGCCCUACCAGUGGUGGCCAUAAAGUCAAAACUAAUCAUCCAUGGAUGGGCAUCGUCCAUCCCGGACCCUGGACACAGCUGCCUCCUGCUCCGGCCCCAACAACCCCUCCUCGAUCCAGCUCUGUCCCUGCCAUGCAAGGGCGCUGGCUCAGACGCAGGGUGCCUCCUCCAAAUCCAUUUGGAGACGAGAUGGAUGAUGAAACUGAGGCCAGUGCAAGUGAAAAGGUUACCAAGAUUGAAGCUGCAAAUCAAAUGAAACCCUCAAAGGCAACAAGCCGAUCAGAGAAUGAGGGUAAUCUGCCAAAUGAUUCAGGUGCCACACGUGCUCCAGUGACCUCAAGUGACAGUGGAAAUGCUGCAGCCAAAUCUAAACCCGAGGACAAAGCAAAGCCACCGGACAAACCGGAUCUAUCAAAGAAACCAGCUGUUAAAGAUCCUUCACCUCCCACAGUGGACUCAGAUCAGAGAGACAGAUCAGCUGCUUCCUCUAGGACUUGCAGUGGACGUGAAAGCAGUGAUGGAGGUGCUAAUAAACUUGAAGAACCAGGUGUAUCUGGUGCGCCUAGUGUGGCUAAAGACAAUUUAUCUGGUGCUGGAAGUAUUCUUGUUGUGUCUGAUUUAGCAGGGGCAACUAGUGUACCAAAUGAGCCUGGGGUCCCUGGCAAGGCAGGUCAGGCUAGUGGACUUGGGGCCCCACACAGAGCAGAGGCCGCCCCUGAACAUGAGGCACCUGAUCUGGCAGAGGCUUCCCGUACUGAAGCUAGAGGUGCAGACUUUGAGUUUGGUGCUGCUUAUUUAACAGAAGAGGAUGCUGCUGCUGGACUUUGUUUAGCGGACAUGACUAAAGCUGGUGCUGUGGGUGGUUUAGCAAUGGCAGCAGGGGGACCCACCACGUUUGAUGCAGCCCAAAGUCAUCCUCUCCCCACAAGUGUUUCUGUGCCAGUCCUUACCUCUCCCUCCCCUCAGCAUUCCUCCAUGCUCACUGAUCUGACAGAAGGAAAUGAAUCUGUACAGGUCUCACCAUCUCAAGCUAAGGCCUGCAGACAGAACCCUUUCGAUAAAAAACCUGUCAUGCCCAAAUCCAAGACCUUUCAAGCCCUCUCGUCCAGACGGGCCCCUGCCCCCGGAUAUGGCUUCCCUCUCGUCAAGAGGAAGGUGCAGACAGACCGGUGUCUUUCUGUAGACGACCUGCAGGCAGAAAUGGGCAAACUGGACAAACAUCUGGAGACACUCGAGCUAAGAGGGGUGGAGCUCGAGAGAAAUCUGAGACAGUGCAAAAACGAGAAGGAAGAGGAAGUGAUGCUCAUGGACUGGUUCUCUCUCAUCCAUGAGAAACAUGUGCUGGUGCGCAGAGACGUAGAGCUGGUUUAUCUGAAAAAGCAGCAGAGCUUAGAGGAGAGACAGGCAGACGUGGAGUACCAGCUCAGAUGUCUUCUCAAUAAACCAGAGGCUGAGUGGAGUCAGGAGGAUCGAGGCCGGGAGCAGCAGCUGAUGGACGAGCUGGUCACCAUCAUCGAGCAGAGGAACCAGAUCAUCAGCAGCUUGGACCAGGACAGGCAGAGGGAAAAGGAGGAAGAUUUGUUGUUGGAGACCAUGAUGAAGAGGAAAGACUUCCAGAAAGAGGGGCUCAAGGAGCUAAAAAAGUCCAAAGGAAAAUUCAAGCCCCUGAAAGUGUUUAAGAUGCUCAGCCACAAACCAGAGAGCACCAGAGAGUCCAAGGACAAAAAGAGCUGAACGUCUUUUUUGUCCGAUGGAGUCUUAAAGCCGAGCCACACCGACACAAAGACUGAAACAACAACCUCGCUUAACUGUGGAGCAGACACAAGCGCUUGCACUGUGUGGACAUGGUGGAUGAUCAUAAUUAAUCAAACUGCGUGCGCUCAUCUGAUGUUGAACAGCAGCUGAGCGGUGGGGAAAGGAUGAAAAAUUUUUUUCUUCAUGCAUUUUUGAGGUAGAACUUUUCAGUUAAUUAAUUUUAUAUGUUUUUCUUGCACACUUGAGCUGGAUUCCAGUUUUAUUUGAACAUGCACCUCAUUCAAAGUGCAUUUUUGAUGGAAAGAUAAUGUGUUUAAUGUGGCCAAUACUCUUGUUCUUUUUAUUAUUAUUAUUAUUAUUAUUAUGCUCUAAUGCAAGGGAUAACUUGUAUUACUUGAGAGAGGAUGAAAUAAAUACAGUAUUUAUCUAGAAAAC